CCUGCGACCGCCUAGGACCAUGAGCUGGGGAGAUAACCUGCCCAGGAACUUCUCCUGGUUUAGAGUGAACAGGAUCGCAGGAUCCGCCUGUCCGGAGUCGGAGCUGGAGCUCAUCAGUCUUGUCGGAGUAGGAAUAAAUCAUGUUGUAACUCUCUCGGAAGACAAGAUGCCCCCGUCUUGUAUAAAAUCGUGUAAAAAACUUAAAUGGACAUUUAUCCCAAUUCUAAACUUUCAAGGAGCCGACCUCUGUGACUAUGAGAAAUUCUUCGAUGUGUGUGAUAUUGGUCCCAUCGACAGUAUCCUGGUACACUGUAGAAUGGGGCGAGGAAGGACUGGUAUGCUCCUUGCAGCCUACGUAAUGAAAUAUGAAGGGAUGAGUGCCGAACUUGCAAUCAAGGUUGUGAGAUCAAUGAGACCAAACUCAAUUGAAACUCUUAACCAGGAACAAAGUUUACAAAAUCUUGAAAAAUAUCUUGAUAACUUAAAGAACCGUAAUUAAUCACACUGUAGGGAAUUAAAUUCAUUAUUAUUGCUUGAUUAAAUUUCAGAAA